UAAGAGAAACAAUCCCUCCGAACUGAAGGCGUUGCUUGCAAUGCUGUAGGUUCACCACCACCUCCGCAUUUUGGUGUGUGGUCUUCAUGUCCCCCUUAUCCACCGCUUUCUGAGUCUGGUGCUUCUCACCUUCUCCAUGCUGCAUGUUCUGCGCCGACUCCUCCGAUGCCUCCGCCUUCUUCAUACACAUCAUGUCCACCCGUGUACUCGAUGCCUGUCAUGGGUGCUGCGCCCGAUGUUGUAUCCUCCGCAUCCCUUCCAUGUCUACCUACGAGUGUUCAAUGUCCGCCGUAUAUAUGUGCACAAGGUCAGUCCUGCAGCUCCAGUCUGUCUGCUGGCAGAGCAUGUGUCCGCAGUUCGUCCGCUAUGCUAUGGUGCGGGUCUUGCGCCCAUGGCCUCUGCAGCUGCUUUCAGCAGUUCACCUCCACGAACAUCAUCAGGACGUUCUGACCGUGACAUGUGUGGUGCUGGCGAUUGUGCACCGGUGACAUCCUGUUCACUACCAAGCUCAUCGUGUGCAUGUCCUAUUACCGAGGUGGUUUUGCCUGUCAGCGGCUUAUGUGGUUCACUGCCUUCGUCUGGUCGGCCAAUGGUGGGGGGUGAUGCACGUACAAUGCGUCGUACAUCUCUGGAAGCGACGGCUCUUUUUACGAAUGCCGAAGGAGGAUGUGAAGGGGGUGUGCGAUCUGGUGGACUUGUCCCCCGAGUUGCAUUGCCCAGUAGCGAGGGUGUCUCCAGUCCUGGUCAUCGCAGUGGCCUGUCCGCUACCGCAAGUGCUGCAGAAGAUGAUGAUGAGACGCGGGUGGAGGGGAAUGGCCCGGAGUCCCCGGACGACAUCAACAUUCACGAGGAGAAUUUGGUGGAUGAGGAAGACAAUGGCACGAAUGGUCUUGGUGCAGGUCAUGGUAUGGGGACGAAUGUGCAUGACGUUGUUGUCGGCGCAGUGUUGGAUGUGCCUGCUGCAGGGGCGCAUGUGCGGGGAAAGGGAAAAGAGCAAGUUGUGGAUGGUGGGGAUGGACGUGCAGUGGGUAAGCAGACGAAGACCAGGAAAGAAAGGAGAGAGAAGAUCGAGGAAAGGCAGAAAUUGGAGGAGGAGAGGCAGAGAAGGGAGGAAGAGCUACACCGGCAACUCAAGAGUGAGUUAGAUAGGCAAGGGGAGAUACGAGAUGCUAGGCUCAUGACAGCGAUGACCACUCAACUAAAGACCCUGCACGAUAAACUGUUAGGCCAGAUGGGAGAGCUGCGAUCGAAGAUGCAGAUCAGAGACAAUCAAUGCGAAGAUAUAGGAAAACUGAGAAGUGAAGUAGUGGACUUAGAGAAGGAACUGGCGAAGGAGGAUAGCCCAGAAAAGGAGAAAGAAGAACUACGGUGGAGGCUGGCGCAACUAAGGAAACUGAAGGAGGAUAAAGAGCUAGCACGCACAAAGAAGAAGGUUAUGGAGCAAGAGAUAGAGUGGGAAAUGGAACAGACGCGCAUGGAAACGGAACAGACGCGCAUGGAAAUGGAACAGACGCGCGUGGAAAUGGACCACGAAGAGGAUCGAUUCGCCCCUUCCUCUUCGGCGCGACCACCACAACCUCAGAAGCGGGUUAGACAACCGAACCUGGGAAUCCGGAUCGAGGAACCUUCCACACCACGCACGCCAAGGACACGAUCGCAGGCAAAGAAGAACCCGGUGGUAGACUAUGAGACGCUGCUGGCAGGAUGGAAAGAAAUCACAACGGACGGAUCGAAGAUGAAUGUGGUUGACUACUGUAUGAGUAUGAAGAGCUUCCUCCGAACGAGGACAAUGGCGGAACUAAAGUGCCUAUGCGAUGAAGAGCAGAUCGACUACGAGACUAGAGAGAAGACAAUCAAGGGACUGAUCGCCAGUCGGAUGCAGCAGACCAUCCUACGCACAAGCAACUCACAUGACAACGAUGAAGAUGAAGUGACUCCGGAGAGAGAUCCGGACAUCAUGGACGCCUGGCAUGUGGGGAUCAAUCUUAGGAAGAAACAUACAGUGAAAGUUCCUUAUGACGAUCGAGUAGAAAGGAAGAAGAUAGGUGACGUGGCAAGGCUGAAGAUCGGAGACCUGGGCAUGAGCGAGACCAACACUGCUAUUGUACGAAGACACGUUCACGUCGUCUGGAUGAAGAAACAGACGAUCGGCGACCUGCUUCACAACCAGCGAGACUACGCGCGCUCGUAUGGUAGCACCUGCAAUUGUGUAGAGAGCCCCUUCCCCUGCGUGGAAGGACACGUGCAAUACAGCCUGUCGGAUCUUGAUGCCCCGGACUUCCUCUUGACCGCUAGGAAUAUCGCGGCGCAGAGGACGAAGCAGGUGAGGCGCGGCAUCAUCCCGGCUCUGCUGGAUGGUCUUGGAGAACUGUUUAGCUCUGCAGGAAAGAACCUCAAUGUGAGUAUCGACGACGUGAGACAAUGUGUCAGCAAGGAGGACACAUCGCAGGAGGACUGGAACCACGAGGCUCUAGUCUGGAGGAAGAAACUACGCGGGCUAGUGUGUAUGCCGAUGGACCGAAAUCCAGGAGCGACAUACAUUGUCUGCCCAAUGGUAUAUACGCGAGCCUGCGUGACACAUUCUGGCACGGGGAUAGCUUCAUGGCGUGUGACUUGAUAGUACAAUUAGGUAAUAUAAAAAUAUAUAUUUAAAAAACAAAAAAUUAAAAACAAU